AUGAUGGACUGGACCGACCUCCACUACCGUCAGCUGGCCCGCAUGAUCUCCCGCCACACCUGGCUGUACACGGAAAUGGUGGUGGACAAGACCCUGAUCCACAACCCCGACCACGACCGCUUCCUCUGGUUUCCCCCCGAGCAGCACCCCAUCGUGUGCCAGCUGGGGGGCAGCGACCCCGACGAACUAGCGGCCGCGGCGCGCAUCGUCGCCGGCUACGGCUACGACGAGAUCAAUCUCAAUGUCGGCUGCCCCAGCGACCGCGUGGCUGGUGCGGGCUGCUUCGGCGCGGCCCUCAUGCUCCGGCCUGAGCUCGUCGCUCGCUGCUGCGCCGCCAUCGCCGCCGCCGUGGACAUCCCCGUCACCGUGAAAUGCCGCCUUGGCGUGGACAACAACGACAGCUAUGAGGAGCUGGUGCGCUUCGUGCACACCGUCUCCACUGGCUCCCCCGUCACACACUUCAUCGUGCACGCACGCAAGGCCCACCUGAAGGGCCUGAAUCCGCACCAGAACCGGACGGUGCCGCCGCUGCGCUACCAAUGGGUCUGGGCGCUGGCCCGCGACUUCCCCCACCUCUCCUUCUCCCUCAACGGCGGCGUGGCGGGGUUGGACGGCGUGGUCACCGCGCUGCGCGCCGACCCCGGCCCCCUCGCCGGGGUCAUGGUGGGGCGCGGGGCUUACCACGCGCCCUGGGACGUGCUGGCCGACGCCGACCGACGCGUGUUCGGCGGGUCCAACGCCGCGCUUUCCCGGCGCGUGGUGCUGGACACGUACGCGGCCUACGCGGACGCCAUGGUCGGGCGCUGGGGCUCCAAGCCCGACGGCUGGCGCGCGCCCAGCCUGCGCACCCUGUUCAAGCCGGUGCUGGGCAUGUUUGCGGGGGAGCCGCGCGCGCGGCAGUGGCGCGCCGCCGUGGACGCCGCCUUCAAGCAGGGCGCGGGCAGCGUGCGGGGCGUGCUGGACGCCACGCUGCACGUGCUGCUGCCGGAGUCGCUGGACGCCGCGCCGCGGGAAGAGGGGGACGGAGGUGCGGCGGGACCGGCGCAUGAGGCGCUGCGCACGCUGCAGCACUGGGAGCCGGAACUGCCGCCGACGCCGGAGUGGCUUGCGGUGGAGCGGGAGCUGGGGCGAGGGGCCGCGGAGCGCGAGGGUGGCAUGCCGGCAGCCGAGGAGGGCGAGGCAGGCAGCGCGAGUCAGGACAGCGCCCUGACCGCCGCCGACAAGGGCGGGGCAGCAAACUUGCGUUCAGGAGCCCAGCCAGGUGGCACGGGGUCGGAGACGUCGACGAGCGGAAACCUGGCGCAGGGCCCCGCGCCGGCAGGUGGAGCCGCCACGCCCGGGGAUCAACAGCAGCAGCAGGAGGAAUCUGGCGCUGCCUGCAAAGAUGAUGGAGCGUCGCACGACGAGUCGUGGGUGCUGGUGGAGAAGCAGACAUCUGUGCCAUUACAGGGAGCGGCAUCAUAA